AUGGUUGAGAAAGUUGUCAAAGACAACCCUGGCAGGUACAGUGCAAUACUGUCACUCGUCAAAAAGAGGAAGAAUGAGUGGAAGAAGAAGUAUGCAGAAAGAGAAAAUGAGCAACAAGAAGCCAGAGAGGCUAAGUUACAAGCUCAAGCAGAGGAGCAUGCAAGAAAAAUCAAAAAGAAAGAAGAACAGCAGGAUGAAAGGAAGAAACAGGUGGAAAAGUAUGGAGGGCCAGCUUCAACCCCAGCAGAAUGUGAGAAAUUCAUUGCAACCGUGUCACCACUUCCAGACAUCAAGCAGAGACUUGUUCUCAGGGCACACAUAACGUACCUAAAGGAGAAACACCCUGCUAUUGCAAAGUCCAACAGCCUGUUCAUACUUUCAUCAGGUGGAAGACCCCAUGAUCCCGACAAGCUUUCUGCAAACUUGCGUUCGAUAUUAGGCUCACCAGAACUCCACAGUCAAAGUGAAGCAGCUACAGAGCCAGAAGAGGCAACAACAUCUGCCCCACAGCAGCGGUUGACAGCUGAGGAUGCUAAUGACCAAGUUGACAGAAUUAAGGCACAACCAGUUGAGGGUGCAGAAAACAGUGAGAGCAUCGACUGGGAUGACAGUGAAGAGGAAAGUGAUGCAGAGGAGAGUGAUGCAGAGGAGAGUGAUGCAGAGGAGAGUGAUGCAGAGGAGAGUGAUGUAGAGGAGAGGAAUGCGGAGGAGAGUUCGGAGGAAGAUGGAGAAGAAAGCAAACAACACAGGGAGGAACCUCCAGCAAAGAAACAAAGACUGUCAGACUCAGAGAAAGAUGAGGAAGAUGAAGAGGACAUUGUUAAUGGAAGCAUGGUUGUAGUUGCCUAUGAGGAUGAUUGGGCUUUGGGCGAAGUGAAGGAAGUGAAGGAUGACGGUGAACUGGAGGAGCGAAACGAUGACAGCUCCAACAUCCAGGACGAGAAAUUGUUGGAGGCUGCAGGCUCUUGUGUUGGAACAUUUGAGAUCAGUAUUGAGCAGCUGAAGCACCCAGAAAAUUUCAGAUCAGGCCGCGGCCUCCCAGACCAGCGUCCCGACCUGCCGGGGCAGCACACCCCAGAACGGGCCCAGAUAAGUACCUAA